GUUCCCCUUGGGUUCGCUGUCGGCCCGCGGCUGUUCCCCCCCUCGCGGCGCUGACGCCUGGGAGGCCCGAGACCCCCGGGGGCGGUCGCUGCCCGUGGGGAUGCCUGGCCCACCCGGCCCGGUGCUGGGCUGGUCCUGCAGGGACAGGUCACUUGUGGUGGUGUGGAAGAAACUGAAUGAAUGGAAGAGUCAGGGUAGAAGGGAAGUUCGUGUUUCAUGCUCUCCGCUGCCCACAGGACACAAACAACUCUGUGCCUCUGAAGAGACCUGGAACCAUCGGAGCUGUGUGUCCUGAGGAACUCUGAGCAUCUCUGAAGGGCACCAUGAUGGAUAACCGGUUUGCUACGGCGCUGGUGAUUGCCUGCGUGCUCAGCCUCAUCUCCACCAUCUACAUGGCCGCCUCCAUCGGCACCGACUUCUGGUAUGAGUACCACACCCUGUCCCCAGCCGAGAAUGUUAGUGAGGCUGGUAGAAGCAUCUGGGAGGAGUUUUUCAGCAAAGAUGCAGAUGAGAAGACAUACACAGAUGCGCUCUUCCGGUGCAACGGCACGGUUGGAUUGUGGCGGAGGUGCAUCACUGUACCCAAAAACUCUCACUGGUACAGCCCACCAGAAACUGAUAUGACCACAAACUGCAUCAGUUUCUCCCUCUCUGAUCAGUUUGUAGAAAAGUACAUAGAACCUGGAAAUCACAACAGUGGCACGGAUUUGAAUCGGACUUAUCUCUGGCGGUUGCAGUUUCUCCUGCCCUUUGUCAGCAUCGGCCUCAUGUGCUUUGGGGCUCUGAUUGGGCUCUGUGCUUGUGCCUGUCGCAGCCUUUACCCAGCCAUUGCCACUGGAGUCCUGCAUUUCCUAGCAGGGCUGUGUACGCUGGGCCUCGUUGGAUGCUAUGUAGCUGGGAUUGAGUUGCUCCAUAGGAAGCUGCCUCUGCCCGAGGAUGUGAGGGGUGAAUUUGGCUGGUCCUUCUGUCUCGCCUGUGUGUCAGCACCUUUGCAGUUCAUGGCAGCUGCUCUUUUCAUCUGGGCAGCUCGCACCAACAGGAAGGAAUUCACCCUCCUGAAAGCCUACCGUGUGGCAUAAGUGCUGCUGCUGCAGUCUGGGCUUUCCAUCUUAGAGCCUCUUCUCCCCCAGCCCUUACUACUUUUUUGUUUCAGUCAGAAUUUUAUCAUGUACUGCAUGCUUCUUGCCAGUCAAGACAAUUUAGCCUGCAGGCCCUGAAGACAAAGACCUCUGGACUAAAUGACCGAAGCCUGCCAGAAGUCUGCAGAACUUGAACAGGUUUUUUAAUUGGGCUUUUUUAAGAAUUGUGAUUAUUUUUUAAGCUACGUUUGGUUGUUGACAGUUCCCCUUUGUUAGAUGUACAUGCCCCUUCCUAAUUUUAUUACCCUGUCAGCCUGGAGGAAAUAGACGUGGUGUUGUGGGGUGGAAGAGAGACAAGAAAAGGUGCAGGUACGCAAGAAUGAGAACCUCAGUGCACAAAAAUAAUACAUAAUCAGGAGCUGUCUGCUGUGUGACUAAAGCAGGCAGCACCUACAGGGAGCACCCAAGAGACAUGAGGGAAUUCAGAAACCUCUGUUAUGGAAAUACUGUAGCUAAUUUAGUCUGUAGCUCGGCUCUGGAUCUCCUGUUAUCACUAGUUUGCUGCAUUUUGUGGCAUCUGCCAAAACUGCUGGAGGCAGAGCAGGUAGCUGUGGCACUGCCUGUACAGUACACCCUCCUGAAGGCACACUCUGGAUUUGCUUCUACGCAGGAGUGAGAUAAGAUGGCCCUCAUGGAGCUCUGUCCUUUUGUAGCUCCACUGCUUCCAGGACCCAGGCUAGUUUGGUAUCUGCACUACAUGUGAUUAUGCACUCUAACCUUAAUUUGUGGUGCUUUUGCUUGAUGUGAAAUAAGGCUUUCUCUCUUGUUGAAAAUGACCUCCUCACAAGUUUUUUGGUUUUGAUUUGGUUUAGUGUAUGUGUGUAUAUGUACAUAUAUAAACUUAACUUUUUUUAAACCUCACCUGUUUAUCCUGGAUAGCACACAACAGGGGUUUUUUAAAAGGUGCUGCUCUUUUCCCGUCUUGUUUAAAUUAAAUAUUAACAGUAAUAAUAAAGACUCAGAAAUUUUCAGUAUUGCAUGAAUCUGAUGGGAGGGUGAGGAAGUGAUCUAGAGUGGAUUUUACUUGGGGAAUGAAGAACCAGUGUCUAGAUCACUCUCUGUUUUCAUGGAAAUGUCACCAGAAAAAAUGACAUUAGAUUGGAUUUUUUAAUUAAAUUCUUGAGCUCCUGCUAACUUUAAA